UACCAUUCACUCAACGAGUCUCUCCUGCUCUACCUUUUCACCUAUUGAACGUCCUAAUUGCUGGGAUCAAACAUGUGCGACGGGCUAGAUUUGUUUCUCUGCUUGCUUGCAGUCCUAUUCCCGCCCGUCGCGGUGUGGGUCAAGCGUGGCAUUUGUAGCGCAGACUCGAUAAUUAACAUUGCUCUUUGCUGUCUCGGCUAUCUCCCUGGCCUUCUACAUGCAUGGUAUAUAAUAUCGUCCUACCCAGAUCCCAGCUACGAGCCGAUCCAAAAUGAAGAGCAUAUUGUAUACUACGUGCAUGCUGCUCCAGCAGGCGGGUAUGGCACAGUGACACCGCACGGCCAGUUCCCAGGCCAGCACUCCGGCACGGCGAACGCUUUCACAAACCAGCAGCCUGGCAAGGCACCUAAGAUGACACCUGCACCACCGGCGAAUUCGUAUGCGGCGACAUCUUCAAGCUCAGCACCGGCACCGGCACCUGGAGCUGAGGAGGCCGCAGCCCACAGCGUGAAUCCUGAUGCGCCACCCCCAACUUAUGCGGAUGCGGUCAAAGGCGACUACAAAGUCCAACACGAUUGAGCGGGCCAAGGAACGAUCUGACGUACACGAUCAUUGAGACUACGGUAGCGAUGUCGUUGGAUAAAUGUGCGUAAUUAGUUCUCACUUUACAAGUGGCUUAAUUGGGCUCUAAUUCUGCAAACGUACGAAGGCCAAUCUCACGGCGGUUUGACCAGACUUGGCGUGCUCGGGAGUCAAUGGCUUGAUCAAGUCGCACAGGUCUGUAACUACAUCAAGUGUGCUUUUAUUCUUUGGGCUAUUCGUCUUGCAGUAACUAGCAUGUGAUAUUUUAACCAUCUUGCAUAGCGUACUUUAUUCAAUGCGUGCAUCUCUUCUUCCUUUCAAUGUCUGUUCUUCAGCAACAAUCCUUCGGAGGAUCUGUUCUGAUCACGUCGUGGCUAUUGGGUUCUUUGUGAUAAGGUCUAUCGAUGACGUCGAUCUGUUUCAUUCUGUCUACCAAGAGUUCAUGUUUCC